AUGAAGGCGUCUAGCAUCGUUUCGUUCGGCGCACUGGCAGCGACCGCCGGUGCGUUGGAGCUGGUUGCAAGAGACGAUGGCUCGCCUCGAGUUGUUGGCUUUCCCAUGGAGCGCAAGUCCAUCCAAGACCGGGUGGAGCACGACAAUCAGAGAUUGAGCAGACGAAGCAAGACGUUGGAUCUCCAGCUUGAUAACCAGCUAUCCCUCUACACCAUCAACAUCACCGUAGGCACCCCAGAACAAAGUGUCAUGGUCGAUAUCGACACCGGCAGCAGCGAUCUGUGGUUCAACACGCCCAAGUCUCGCCUGUGCCAGAACCGCGCCAACCCGUGCUCCGAGAUGGGCACCUACACAGCCAACAGCUCCUCGUCCUACAACUAUGUCAGUGGCAUCUUCAACAUUACCUAUUCUGGAGGCAACGGCGCCUCGGGCGACUACGCGACCGACAAUAUCAAGAUCGGCGGCCAGACCAUCAACAACCUACAGUUUGGCAUCGGCUACCGCAGCUCCUCGCAGGAGAAUAUUCUCGGGAUUGGGUAUAAGAGCAACGAAGCCGCAGUCGCACAUGGGAACACACAGCCCUACGAUAACCUCCCCGCCAAGAUGGUCACCGACGGACUGAUCAACUCAAACGCCUACAGUAUAUGGUUGGACGACCUCAACGCCACGACGGGGAGGUUGCUGUUCGGAGGAGUGGACCAAGCGCAUUACCUGGGUUCGCUGGUGACCCUACCUAUUCUCCAGGAGGACAAUAUGUACGCCGAGUUCUUCGUUCAGAUGACGGGUAUCGACUGGGACGGCUCGUCUGUGACAGAUGAUAACACCACCCUAUCUGUUCUUCUCGACUCCGGAACGUCGCUCAUGUACCUGCCCGAUGACAUCGUGGAAGUCCUGUACAGCUCAGUCGAUGCAUCGUACGACAACUCGCAGGGUAUUGCCCUGGUGGAUUGCAACAUGGCCGCCACCAACAAGAACCUCACCCUGCACUUUGGCAGCAGCCUGAAAAUUGACGUCCCCGUCUCGGAGCUGGUCCUCGAUACCAUGUCCAGCGACCAGGACAGCACGAGUGGUUCCUCGCACUCCCAGGUAUCCGCCUGUCUGUUCGGAGUGGCACCGGCUGGGGAUUCACCGGCUGUGCUGGGAGACACGUUCAUGCGGAGUGCCUACGUGGUGUUUGAUCUGGACAACAACGAGAUCUCCAUGGCACAGAGCAACUUCAAUGCCGGUAAUAAGGAGAUCAUCAUGGAGAUCGGCAAGGGCAAAGGGUCGGUGCAGUCGGCGGCCACGGCGUCCCCCACCUCCACCCAAACAGCCUCGACAGCCACUUCGAACAGUGAUAAUGGAAACGGCGCUCCUGGAUUAUCACACCCGUCGUGGACCGGCUUGGGCUUGUCACUCGGCUUGGUGGCGAUGGGCUUCCUUUCCGGGACACAGCUUCUCUGA